CAGAAAGAAUGCUAAUCCCUUUGUCCAGACCUGGAUUUCGAUUGGGUUUAUAUCUCCUAAGAACUCCGAAUGCUGGUAACUACUGGAGAUUUAACUUCUCCUCAGCUCCAAUUAAACCUGCUCCAGUAAUACCGAGAAGAGAAAAAGAAGUUUUUAUGUCAAAAUUCUUACAGAAAUCACAAGAAUCUAUAAAAAAGGAUAAAUCAGUAGAAAAAGAUCCAUUUAAAAUCCUAAAUGAUGGACUCAAGGGUUUAGGAUAUAGUAUUGUCCUCUCUGUACUGGCAUGUAUUGCGUACGGAGCAUAUGAUCCAGCGUACAGGAAAAGUACAAAGAGAACGUUUCCGUUUGUUUUUUGGAUCCUUUCCUUCCGGUUUCCAGAAGAUGAUUUAAUACAACAGGAAGAAGCAGUUGUCAAGCAGGCCAUGGAGUUUAAAAGUUCUUUCCUAGAAACAGAGACAAAAUAGAUAUUUAAAUAUAACCAUUAUUUAUUUUUAUCAUCAAAUAUGUUGUUAAAGAUUUCUCAGUGACAACGUGCUGUAAAUAAACUAUAAGAAAUUGA